UUUGUUUGUGGCCCAAGCUCCCGCCUUCAGUCCAUUCCAGCCCCCUCGAUUAGGGCACAAUAGAAAGGCAACGCACGUUCGCCCGCCCGCCGCCGGCUUCUACACGCCCGUUCCUAUCGGUGUUCUUGAUCGCCUCGACGCUGCGACUGGAUUCCCCGCGAUUGCGCACCUCUGCGACAACUAUUUGCGACGCGACUCGAGACGCGCUUUGGACGCGCUGCGGCUCCCCCACCGUCCCACACGCACCGCUUUCACCCUCCACCCGGCAAAGCUCCACACACCACAUCCGCAAUGGCGCCCAAAUCGCCCGCAAAAACGCCUGGCCGCAAGAACAAAGCCCGCCCCUCGCGCGGCGGCUCGCGCGCAUCCACUGGGUCGAGGCGCGAGAGCGGGAAAAGACUCGGCGCACCGGGUCCAGCGCCGCAGCGCACGAAGCGAUAUAAGCCGGGAACUGUGGCGCUGCGGGAGAUCCGGAAGUACCAGAAGACGACAGAUAUGCUGCUGCUGAAGCUGCCCUUCCAACGCCUGGUCCGCGAGAUCGCCCAGUCGGUCACUGGCGAGGACGGUCCCAACAGGUGGCAAUCACAGGCCCUUGUCGCUCUGCAAGAAGCCACUGAGGCCUUCCUCGUUAACCUCUUCCACGACGCGAAUCUGUGCGCUAUCCACGCCAAGCGUGUCACUAUUCAGCAAAAGGAUAUCCAGCUCGCGCGACGCCUACGAGCAGCCUGGGGCGCGCCCGUGUGAGGCAGCAGGUAGAGACGAAAAGGGGGCGUGGAAAGUCCAGUAUUCUCGUGUGAUCUAGUAGCGAACGCCCACUCAGCAUCGAGCAUUGAAGACCUAGGAUCAUCAGAGACUUAGAAUCUGAGU